CCUGUUUACUAGUAGUCUCAGCAUCCACGUAGUGAUUUUUCUUGUUUUUAAUUUUUAAUUUUUUUCUAGAGACAAGGUCUCACUAUAUUGCUGAAACAGAUUUUGAACUCCUGGUCUCAGGUGAUUCUUCCACCUUGGCCUCCCAAAGUGCUGGCAUUAUAGGCAUGAGCAACUGCACCCAACUAGUGCUCAUUUUCUAAUUCCAUCAUUCUUUCUAUAUUUACAUGUUGGCAUUCUGAUGAAGGAAUGUUUUCCUUUCUUCCUUGUUGAUUGAUCAGAAAAAUUAUGGAUUAUGCUGUAAUCAGUUGCUACCAUUCUUUAUUUUGAUCCUUAAAUUGUUGCACAAUUCCAGUGGUAGUGCUUUCUAACUGGCUUUAGUAGUUCUUUUGACAUACUCUCAUUUCUGAGCAGUCUGUUACUUUCUUGCACAAGGUGUUGCAUGCUUAUCUUUUGCUUUCCCUGUCCUACCCAAGAUCAGCGAUUUCUCCAAGGAUCCUUGGUUUUAGUAAAAAAUGUAGUUUGGAAAUCAAGAUGUGGAUGUUCAUUUUUACAAGGGGUCACUGCUUCUAGAACCUCUCAGCAAACAGCUAGGAAAUGUGUAUAUGAAAGUGUAUUUACAUGUGUAUUUCUAUGUCUAUAUUUUUUUGAGAGACAGGGUCUUACCCUAUCACCCAGGCUGAAGUGCCGUGGUGGGAUAGUUCACUGCAGCCUCAAACUCCUGGUCUCAAGCAAUACUCCCACCUUAGCCUCUCAGGUAGUUAGGACUGCAGGCAUGCCCCAACAUAGCUGGCUAAUUUUGUAAUUUUUUUGUAGAGAUGGGAUCUUGGUAUGUAGCCCAAGCUGGUCUCAAACUCCUGCCCUUAAGUGUUGGUCUCUCAAAGUGUUGGGAUUACGGACAUGAACCACUGUGCCCCGCCACAUUUAGGUCUUUUAUUUCCCUCUCUUUUUUUUUUUAAUUUUGAGACUCUGUCUCCCUCUGUCACUCAGGCUGGAGUGCAGUGGCAUGAUCACAGCUCAUUGCAACCUCUGCCUCCUGAAUUGAAGUGAUUCUCCUGCCUCAACCACCUGAGUAGCUGGGAUUACAGGUGUGUGCCAUUUUGCUCAGCUAAUUUUUGUGGUUUUAGUAGAGUCAGGGUUUAUGUCAUGUUGGCCAGGCUGGUCUCAAACUCCUGGCCUCAAGUGAGAAACCCUCCUCAAUCUCCCAAAGCACUGGGAUUGCAGAUUUGAGCCACUGCACCAGGCAGUUAUUUCUCUUUUAAUGUAGGUUCUCCUCUAACUCUCUCCGUCUCCCUUUCUUUUCCUAAGAAUCUGGGGUGCUUGGACUAUAAAGUUUUCCACAUUCUAGACUUUGCUAAUUGCAUCGUCAUCUUGCCAUUAACAUGUUCCUACAUCCCCUCAAUGUUUUAUAAAUUGGCUCAAUCAGAUUCAUUUUUCCUUGUUUUUUGGGUCAAGAAUGCUUCAUUAGGAGGCAUAUUAAUUUCCAGAUGUCUCUCAUUUUAUAAUACUGGCAACUGAUGAUGAUAAGCUAGAGUCGUUUUUUUCAUUAGGGAUAUGCAAAAUGAUGAUAUUCCAGGUAUAUUAUUUUGUCAUUUGUUAGUUGGAUUAUUUCAAUAGAGAUCAAUUUUCACCAACUCUUUUGGGGAGAAUUCUUGCAUCUUUUAUUUUAGAUUCAGGGGUACAUGUGCAUCUUUGUUACAUGGUUGUGUUUCAUAAUGGUGAGGUUUGUGCUCCUAGUAGGCCCAUCAUCCAAAUAACCAACAUCGUGCCCAACAAUUUUUUUCAACUUAACUGGAGGUACAGUUCAUAUAGGAAGGACAGAUGAAAUGCUUGAUUUACCAGAUUUUAGAACAACGAGUUUGGUUCUCAAGUAUUCUCCAAAAGACAAGUAAUCAAUUAGUUUUUUUUAUAGGUACUAUUCUGAACUCGUGAUUUAAACAUUUUGUUGUGUUUCAAUCAAUUUCAGUUUCUUUUCUUUCUUUUUUUUUGAGAUGGAGUCUCACUCUGUCACCCAGACUGGAGUGUAAUGGCAUGAUUUUGGCUCACUCCAGCCUCUGCCUCCCGGGUUCAAGUGAUUCUCCUGCCUCAGCUUCCUGAGUAGCUGGAACCACAGGCAUGUGCCACCAUAGCUGGCUAAUUUUUGCAUCUUUAGUAGAGAUAGAGUUUCACCAUGUUGGCCAGGCUAGUCUUGAACUUCUGCCCACCUUGGCCUCACAAAGUGCUGGGAUUACAGGUAUGAGCCACCAUGCCUGUCCCAAUUACGGUAAUUUUUUAUUGCUCCUGAAAUUAUCCCAUCUUUUUUAGUGGGAGCCUCUUCACAUUGACUCUCUCUGUGUCCUUGGGGCAUAACUCCAGAAGUGCUUGAUAGCCUAGUUGCUUUCUGUUAUGACAAGUUUUGUACAUUUUUAGCCAUGUACCUGGAGUCAACUGUUUCCCCAAAGAACCCUACUUCCUAUUAUUGGGAAAUGCUAUUUAGGUUCCAUAGUCUGGGUGCUAGAUGUGAAAGACCCAUCUUUUUCUUUUAAAGUAACAAUAAAUUUGAGCCUGGACUCUCACCUAAAAAAUAAAAUAACAAUAAAUAUUUAUCAUCUCAUGUGGUUUCUCUGGGUCAUAACUCUGAGAUGCCUUAGCUGGAUGGUAGUGGCUUGGUGUCUGCUGUCAAGAUGGCUUACUUACAUUGUGGGCAAUUUGAUACUAGCUAUUGGCAAGAGAUCUUCCAUGUGGAAGGCUCUUAGGACUGCUUGAGUGUCUCCAUGACAUAGUAGCUGGCUUCCUUGAGAACAAGUGAUCCAAGACAGCCAGCAACAUCUUUGGAUUCAUUUUCUCAUCGACGGUGGGUUAUAGUGCUCUGGCUAUGGAUCCAAACAACCUGAUGCUGACGCUAGUUAUGUGGCAUUAACUUUUUUAAAGAUUACUUUCCUUAGCUAUAACUUUGAGAAUAAUACCUACCUUAUAGGUCCUUUAAUAUAGGACCUUGGUGGCAAUGCAGGGAAUUAGAAUAGUCUUACUCUUAGUGAGUACACAUGGCAAACACUGAACCUGCUGCUCUUACAAUAUUAUCACCAUCACUGGUAUGAACUGAAGCCCUAAAACCUAGCCAUUAAGUUGUCCUUGACAGAAAUUGUCUUCCUUCCUGUUUGCCAAAAAUUGCCGUGACAGAAAAAUUGGUCACAGAUUGCAGAUAUAUCCCAAGUAUGGUAGAAGGUUAAAGGUUAGAGAAUUAUAACCACAUCUGUUUGAUUUUAUAUAUAUAUAUAUGCAGAGGAUCUUUCAUGCCGAAUCUUUGUUCAUGUAGAUUUUAGUUAGGGUAUGUGUCAUGUAAUAUAACCCUGGAAGAAGCCAAGACACCACCCCGCCUUGCCACCAUCUAUUUUCUGGUUUUUGGUUUUUUUUUUUUUUUUUUUGAGACGUCUCGCUCUGUCACCAGGCUGGAGUGCAUUGGCGUGAUCUCGGCUCGCUGCAACCUGCGCCUCCCAGGUUCAAGAGAUUCUCCUGCCUCAGGCUCCUGAGUAGUUAGGAUUACAGGUGUGCACCACCAUGCCCAGCUAAUUUUUGUAUUUUUAGUAGAGACGGGGUUUCACCAUUUUGGCCAGGAUGGUCUGGAUCUCUUGACCUCAUGAUCUGCCUGCCUCAACCUUCCAAAGUGUUGGGAUUACAGGCAUAAACCAUGGUGCCCAGCCUUUCUUUUUCUUUUCUUUUUUAAUGAUGGGGUCUCACUAUAUAGCCCAGGCUGGUCUUAAACUCCUAAGCUCAAGCGACCUGCCCGCCUUGGCCUCCCAAAGUGUUGGGAUUACAGGUGUGAGUCACCGCACCUGGCUGCCACCCUCCCAAUCUUUUAACUUUUUAUUUUAAAAUAUAGAUUUACAGGAAGUUAUAAUGAGAAAUAUACAGGGUGGUCCAUUGGACCCUUCACCCAAUUUGCCCCAGUGGGAACAUUUUCUGUUACUAUAGUAUGAUAUCAGUUGUCAACCAUCGAUUUUCAUUUAGCAGAAAUUGACUGAGCAGCUAUUAUAUGCUAGCUCUUUAAGGUAUAAAGGAUUAAACUCUGACCUUAUGGGUUUCUGUCAUCUCUCUGGAUUUUCACUGUUAUUGUUCUAAAAAUAUGUUUUGUUUUUGGCUGCUUAUCGUUGACACUUAUAUUCGCAAGUUAUUUUAAUGUUAAACAUUAUGUUAUUUCUCACAUUUAUAUUUGCUCUGUUUUAAAACAAUUUUUCAUUGUGUUCCCAUCUUCCAUUUAUAAUCUUCACAGUAUCAGAACCAUGUUGCCUGCAUUGUCUUAUUUUAAUCACGUGCCAGUUUUGCAGUGCUACCAAGUCUGGGUCUGAGAGGCAGCUUGUGUGAAUCAUUUACAUACAUUUCUGUUUAUAUUCCCCAAAUUAAUUUGCAACUUUAUAUUUUUCUUCCAAUUACAUGUUUAAAACAGAUUUUUAAUAAUUUAAGAAGGAAUUUGUCGUAUGUAGGAUUUAAAAACUGGCUCAAAAAGCAGAAGCUAUUAAACAAUAGCAGAAAUCAAACAGUAUGUAGGACUUUAAAUGGUAAUUACUAAACAUUUGAAUGUUCCCAAAAAUGUGAGUCUGUGUGUCUGUGUGUGUCUCUACAUGUUACUCCACUAGGGACUUGCACAGAUAGGUUUUGCACAAUAUCCUUGCUGUUAUUGUCAGCCAUAAACAAAUUACACGUAUUUAACAAGUUAAUGUCAGAUUGGCCAGGAGCCACCGGGAGGUGUGUACUUAGUGACAUCAGCUGGCAAAGAGCCCUGGUAACAGGGAGGGUUGGAAGGGUAGUGAAGAGAGAGGAAGCAGGAGGGAGGGAGAAAAAGAGAGAGACAGAGAGAGACUGACUGUAUCUGGGGAUUCUGGCAAGGUGAAGAGCUGGUCUGUUUGGCAGGACCUUCCCAUCUGGGAUCCAUCUGUGUUUCCCUGGAAUGGGACAGGCAGCUCUAGUCAGUGAGAAAUCGCAGAUGUGAGAGAGCUGACACAUGUCCAGCUAAUGAAAGGAAGAGGAAGGCUGGUCUCCGAUUGAGCUUUGAAGAUUAGGAGGAGAAAAAGGGGAGCUUUUAAAUAUCUGUGUCAAAUAAAUUUGGUAUAUUUAAGAAUCUGGAUUGUUUAUAAUCUGGGCGUUUGGGUUGGUCCUGAGAAAAGGGUGCCAGCAAUGCCUGGAUCGCCUGUAGAAGUGAAGAUACAGUCCAGAUCCUCACCUCCCACCAUGCCGCCCCUCCCACCAAUAAAUCCUGGAGGACCGAGGCCGGUGUCUUUCACUCCUACAGCAUUAAGCAAUGGAAUCAACCAUUCUCCUCCUACCCUCAAUGGCGCCCCAUCACCACCACAGAGAUUCAGCAAUGGUCCUGCCUCUUCCACAUCAUCUGCACUCACAAAUCAGCAGUUGCCAGCUACUUGUGGUGCUCGACAGCUCAGCAAGUUGAAACGCUUUCUUACCACUCUGCAACAGUUUGGCAAUGACAUCUCCCCUGAGAUUGGGGAGAAGGUGCGGACUCUUGUUCUUGCACUGGUGAACUCAACAGUGACAAUUGAGGAGUUCCACUGUAAGCUCCAAGAAGCCACAAACUUCCCCCUUCGUCCUUUUGUGAUUCCAUUUCUCAAGGCCAAUCUGCCCCUGCUGCAGCGAGAACUGCUGCACUGCGCUCGGGCAGCCAAGCAGACCCCAUCCCAGUACCUGGCUCAGCACGAACACCUUCUGCUCAAUACAAGCAUUGCAUCACCUGCGGACUCUUCAGAGCUGCUCAUGGAAGUACACGGAAACGGGAAGAGGCCCAGUCCAGAGAGGAGAGAAGAAAAUAAUUUUGAUAGAGAUACAAUUGCUCCUGAGCCUCCUGCCAAGAGAGUAUGUACCAUCAGCCCUGCUCCGCGGCACAGCCCUGCCCUCACUGUGCCCCUCAUGAAUCCUGGGGGCCAGUUCCAUCCUACCCCUCCACCUCUUCAGCAUUACACCUUAGAGGAUAUUGCAACUUCUCACCUGUAUCGGGAACCCAACAAGAUGCUAGAGCACCGAGAAGUUCGUGAUAGACAUCACAAUCUUGGUCUAAAUGGAGGCUAUCAAGAUGAGUUGGUAGAUCAUCGUUUGACAGAAAGGGAAUGGGCUGAUGAAUGGAAACAUCUUGACCAUGCACUGAAUUGCAUUAUGGAAAUGGUAGAGAAAACAAGGCGCUCUAUGGCAGUUCUGCGGCGCUGUCAGGAAUCAGAUCGUGAAGAACUCAACUACUGGAAAAGACGGUACAAUGAAAACACAGAGCUGAGGAAAACGGGGACUGAGUUGGUCUCCAGGCAACACAGCCCUGGGAGUGCAGAUUCUCUCAACAAUGAUUCUCAGAGAGAAUUCAACAGCAGGCCAGGUACAGGAUACGUACCUGUGGAGUUUUGGAAAAAAACAGAAGAAGCUGUGAAUAAGGUGAAAAUUCAGGCCAUGUCAGAAGUACAGAAGGCUGUCGCUGAAGCAGAGCAGAAAGCCUUUGAAGUGAUUGCAACAGAGAGAGCACGAAUGGAGCAAACCAUAGCGGACGUCAAGCGGCAGGCCGCAGAGGACGCUUUCCUCGUCAUCAACGAGCAAGAGGAGUCCACAGAGAACUGCUGGAACUGUGGCCGCAAAGCCAGCGAGACAUGCAGUGGCUGCAAUAUCGCGCGAUACUGCGGCUCUUUCUGCCAGCACAAGGACUGGGAGCGGCACCACCGCCUCUGUGGUCAGAACCUGCAUGGCCAGAGCCCCCACGGUCAGGGCCGGCCGCUGCUUCCUGUAGGCAGGGGCUCCUCUGCCAGGUCCGCCGACUGCAGCGUGCCCAGCCCAGCCCUGGACAAGACCUCGGCAACCACCUCGCGUUCCUCAACACCUGCCUCUGUGACAGCCAUCGACACCAACGGCCUCUGAGCCCCAGACUCUAGUUACCCUGAUGGCCGCUCAGUACCACAGAACAUUUGGAACAAGGGACUGGCUGUCGGAACCCAUGCAUGUAGCUGCUGGGUCAUCAGCAAGAAUUGGAGGCAGGAAGAGGCCAAACCUGAAUAAUAGCACCCACAGCCUCUCUGGGCACCUGCCAUCUGUGGAGCCAGUGUGCCCUUCUCUGCACAUGUGCAGCCGGCUGGCCCCACUGCCACCUCCAUGGCUUUCCUGGUUGCCCUUCUCCCCACUGAGCUGGCUUAGCCAGGUCCUUCUCAGUGUAGACCACCAGCUCCCCUCCCCAUCUCCUUGAGUCAGGAGACUUUUGAAUGUGCCCGGCUAGGCUGGAGGUGGCGGGCAGCAGGCUGGUGGAGGAAGCCCCUUGGAUAGGGAACAGCUCCUUCGGCCCCAUCUUCACCCUCAGCAGAUGACACUGGUUGGCCUCAUGGGGACUUGGGUAAGCAACAGGCGGCACUCAGGACUCCCUUCUCAACCCUGCUCUUCAGAUUUGUUCAGAUCUCAAGAGUCCACAGGAAAGAAGUCACUGUUGCAAUAAAAGCACCCAUAGUAGCAAAAACAAACAAAUAAAACUUCCCGCACCUCACAGAUGAUUUUGGACAAGAUUUUCCAGCCUUGCUGGCUACUUUAGUUUGGGACCCGUUUUUUUCUCUUGAUUUUGCUUGUGCAGAAAAUAGUUUCCAGCGCAUGGAUUGGUCUGAGAGAGAAUGAGACUCGGUUGUGGAUAGUCUGUUCUCUCUGAGCAUGUUGGCCAAACUAGUAUCGUCCAGUUCCUGAGUGGAUCAUCUCAUGGAAAUACAGACCUUCUCCCACCACCUGGCUGUUUGUACAGUCGUCUUGUUCUGUGUCCUUUCAUCUCAGACCACACACAUCUGGACUGCUGUGGGCAUCUUCUGCCCAUGGGCUCUAUUUGGCACCUGCUGAGCCACAGUUGUCCUGCUGGACGUGCUGUGGCAGGUUGGUAGGACUCACCCCCGCUUCAAGGCCUGGUCUCAUCUGAGCAGCCCUUCUGGACCUGAAAGAAUUCUUCAAACCUCAUCAUUUCAGGUCAUUACACCUACUAAGUGGAUUUAUUAUCAGGCACACAAUUUCUGUUUCCUUCUCUUGUAUUAUCUGGCAGCUCAUCAGAAAGGUUUCAUGAAAUAGGAGAACCAUGUUGGGAAAAGCUGACCAAUCUUUCAAAUGGGACAUCACCUAGAAUGUUAGGAACUGCCUCCCACAUUUCUUCUCUUUUGGUUUUUUGGGUUUUUUUUUCCAACCAAGUCCUGCUGUCACAGUGCAGUGGCAUGACCUUGGCUAACUGCAACCUCCACCUCCCAGGUUCAAGCCAUUCUCCUGCCUCCGCCUCCCGGGUAGCUGGGAUUACAGGUGCCCGUCACCAUGCCCAGCUAAUUUUUGUAUUUUUAGUAGAGACAGGAUUUCAUCAUGUUAGCCAGGCUGGUCUCCUGGCCUGUCUUUUGGGGUUUUGAUGGGAGUCUUGUGGACCCGACCCUCCUGCUCUCCACCUUCGAGCCUCCAGCAUCCUCUCACACCCAAGAAUCAGCUGGAUUAAGUUUGGCUUGUUUCCAGCUGGCCUUUGAAACAGGUUGAAUCUUGACCUUCUGUGCACUGACCAGAGUCUAAAAUAAAAGCUAUCAGUACCAUAGAGGAAAAGGGAUCCACACAGUCUUGUUGCAUACAGCUACAUCUUACUUUAAGAAUGUCAAGUCCCUAAUUUACUGUAACCAAGCAUUUUCAGUCUUACAAAGAAACCUAGUACACGACACCUUUAAAAUGCCUAGAUUUCCAUUGCCUAAAGUGAGGUAUGACCAGGGAAAGAACAGCAGAGGAUCAUGUUACUUUGCUGUGGAACACACAGGACCCAGUUUUCCAGUCCUAAUACAUUGGUAUUCUCCCAUCCCCACCUGCCUCAGUAAGCCUCGGCCCUUGGGCUGUCUGACAAGGUCACAGGGCCUCUAUACCACCUUACUGGUUUUUCAUGGAUUCAUUGGAUGAACACCUUAAGCAGGUUUUAAAAAUCUCCAGUGGCCGCAAACCUACCCAGGGUAGCUCAUGCUUUUUACUGGUUGGAAUAAGAAGCCAAAAGCCAACAAAAUAAUAUUUAGCAACCCCAGUGCCCAUGUCUACAGCUAAGGCUUAGGUUUGGUGUGCAGGGCCUGGCCUUCUAUAGUGGGCUGUGGUUCCUGCGGCAGUUUGGUUUUCUAAGUCUUUGUAAUGCUUUUCCACCUUGCUCCUGUGCUGCGCAGAGGCUUAUCUGGAAACCUGGGCAGUAUUCCACACCGAAGCUCCGCUGAUUAACCUUUGGCUGUGUUAAUUCUGGUCAGUUUCACACAGAAGUCAUGAGGGCCUCUGUCCAGGACUCCCUAUUCACAUUUCAGGAAUCCCUUUCUGAAGUUCAACUCUGGUCAGGAGGAGGAGCACCAGUGGAGCGGUGCAGGUUCCUUGCGUGGCUUCCAGUCUCUGCUGGCAGCACCUCAGCUACUGGGUUGGGAGUAGAAGUUCAAGCUGCUUAGAGAACUGACCUCCAUGGUUAAUAUUUGCAGUUAAAAAAGGCAGAGAGGGGCUGGCAUGGUGGUACAGAAACCUAGAAACCAAAAAGCAAAUGCGACAUGUGAAUGGCCAUCAGCCAGACAUGUCUAGGAUGAGAUCAGUGCUCAGCGCCUCCCGCCAACGGCACUGAUGUGUUCUGGGACAUCAAGGUCUCCCCGCCAAGUGAGGAAUGACUGCAGGAACCAGAGAAGACCAAAGAUGCCAAAUGUCCUAAGUUUUUGAGGGCCGGGUUUCACAUCUUCGAUUUUUUUUUUUUUUUUUUUUGUCCCCACUUGCCUGCAUCAUGCCUGACUAUCCAGUGGUAAAGGUGACUCAAGAAGUUGUUUAAGCCCAGGCCUAGGCAGCCCACCUCAGGAGGUGGGGGCACUCCACAUUGGGCCCUGCAGUUUUGGGGCUGGUGCUCUAGCAGAUCCGCUCAGGCCCAGUUGGGUGAACAUGUGGUCACAUAUCACGUGGAUUAUUUCUAGGGCGGUGCUGGGUUAGUCUGUCAGUGGGUCUGAGUCUGGAAACAGAACACAUCUUCCCACCACAAGUCCACACCUGGCCUCAGCUGCUGCCCACUCUCUGCAGCGUGGACUUCCUUUGCCCAUUUGGACCACAAGGUCAUCAGGAGUUCUUACUGGUGUCAACUUGACAGUUCCAACUUCCAGACAGAAAAUCCACUCUGCUUUGUACAGCCCUGUCCCGGAGUUAGUGAGCCUCAGCCUCAUCACCUGCUUGCAAAGGGUAUAGACGUUCUGGGUAGUUCUAGAGGGUAUCUCAGCAAGUGUGUUUGAAGGUUCAGCACAGCUGGAAUCGUAUGGCAGUGAGCUUUUCAGAAUGACCAGACGACCAUCUGUCCUGGAAAUCGUAGAAAGGAUUAUGAAUUGAAUAAAUCAGUGAAAAUACAACACUUCCUGGAGGCUUUCUUUAGAACUGAACUAGAAACAAGGUUUCCAGGCUCCCAGGUCAGAAGACCAAACCAACCUCCUUAGAUUCUUUUUUUUUUUAAGCUGUUUGCAGAGAACUGGGUGGUAGCAAGUCUGAACCAAAUGGAAGAAGAGCCAGCAGAACGUGGACUCGAGCACAGGCCAGAUGGCCAGCUGUCGAGAGCAGCCCUGCCCAGAUUGUGGCAGGGGCUGCGCCAGCGGCUUCACAGGGCCCUUCCAACUCUGGAGUGUCUGUAGUUCUUGUGAAACCAAAACAUUGACUACCUGCCUCUUUGCCCUCGGGCAUUGACAUGCUCAUUUCCAAAGAUGAUGGUGCAGGUGACCUUUUCCAUCAUGAGCCAGGAGAAGGUUAGGAGGCCUGAGGGGUGGGCCUUAGGUCCCCUCCCCCUCCGCAGCCCCCGACGUGGAACUUCCCUCACAGACCCCAUGUGGUCGGGCCUAUGGCUGCCCAAUGUACACUCAGUGAUGCUUAUACCAAAUAGGGCAUGUGCGCUGGUGUCUGUCAGGGACAGCCUGUCCCUACCUUGGAGUCAGCAGAGAAGCAGCAAUAAGUAUUAGGCAAAUGAUUGAAAGGGCUGCUGGGCUGAGAGGCCUUCAGUGCCCUUACAUGGCUUUCCAAAUUCCUGACGAGGCUACAAAGGCUCCACUCAUAAAAGAAAGUCAAUGUAAAUAAAUGGAAAACGAAGCCUCCAUGCGUGAUCUUUAAAGGGGGAUGAUGAAUGUGAAACCACCCACAGAAUGCGUCAGUCUGGUUUUUCUGUGCGUUGUCAUUUUACUCUGAUAGGAACUUUUGUUACUUAACUCUGUGCAUAACUUAUUUAAUGUACUGUAUAAACGAACCAAAACUGUUAAAUAUGUAUUUAGUUUGUUCUACUUAAAGUAGUCAAUAAAAAGGCUAUAUUCCU